AUGUCGGAUCCCAGCGCAAAGCGGCAACGUCUGGACUCCACUGGACGAUUCUCACCGGCCAGCCCGCCCUUUGACGUCGCAGCCUUGGCAAGCACCACCACAAAGACGCCCAUCCACCCGCGCACACCCACCUCGCCGCCAUACUCCUCGAUGAAUUCCCAGCACAAUGGAGGUUUCGCCCAGGGCAGCACUGCGGCUCCCUCGCUCACGUCGCCCCACGCCGCGCUGCCCAUGUCGCAUUCCCUCUCCCAGUCGGCGACAUCGGCUUCGACCCUUCCCCCAUUCCCCACACCAGCCAGCACCACCGGCGUCAUGUCGAGCGCAAACAUCGACAGUGAUGGCGAUGCCAUGAUGGAAGACAGCACUGAUGACGAUGCAUCGCGGAUAGACACCCACAGACAGACCAACCACAACCGGCAACGCAACCCGAUAUACACCCCAGACGGACGAAUCAAGGCGGCGCAAGGAAUCUGCGGAAAUAGGCUCUUCAAACUCAACGAAGGAAAAGUCGAACCCUCGCGGCCACACUGUUCACAGAACCUCCUCAAGCUCUAUGGCCUCGAGCCGCUCGCCCGAUCUGUUGCGCGGAAUGACCCCAUUACAGGAGAGAAGAUUAACAAGCUUCGCAAAUCCUACGAGGGACACAUCAAGCAGAUGCAGAUAGCCGGUAAGCCCAAAGCGACCAAGAUGGACAGGGUCUUCUUGGAUCCACUGAGCAUGGGCUGGGAGGAUUGGCAGAAUACAAAAGUGCAGGGGAAAGAGAUAGCAAAAACGGGCUUGAAUCACGAUCAGACUGCACUGGCACCAGACUUUGCCAGCAAACUCGACGCCGCACUCGCGGGCAUGUCCCCUGGACCGCUCCCCAACGCAGAUGCCGCCAAAUACAGAGCCUACAUUGGCACAGACGACACUGUCAAAACAAAACCACAAGACGCACCACCACAACGCCCAUUUACUUCAUCCGCCCCUACACCCACCAACGGCGCUCAACAACAAAGAGGGCCGCACAGGCCAGAAAGAACGGGAUCGAAACGGCAAUACACCGACGCGGCAUUCCAGGGCUAUGGCGAAGGCUACGGCGAUGCCGACUCAACAGGCGGGGAAGACAACGCACAAGGCAGCAUGUCCAAGCGACGGAAGCUCUUCGAACGCACAUCACAUUCCGUCGAGGUGGGAGGAGCGCGACGAUAA